CAGUGUGAGAAAUACAUUAUGUAAGUGUACCCAUGUGAAAAAAUUGCCGUGUUGGUAUAAACAAAAAGAUAACACGAUCAUGCGUAGGGGACUAUAAGUCCAACGCACCAGAAGGCAAACUGACCACAACAUGGCGGCGACGUUGAAAGUGUCAGUAUGCCUUGUGCUAGUCAGCAUAACUUUGGCACAGAAUUCAAAAUCUUUGGACGAAAGAUUUGAGGUGUUGGAACAAGAAUUUGCUGCGGAAAAAGCUAGAAUGAGAUCUGAGUUAGAAUCCACGAGAGAGGCACUAGAUUUUACACGUUCACAACUUCGAGAAACGAAGUCUCAGUUAUUCGAAACGCAAAGAUUGCUAGAAAAUCAGCCAGGUCCUACCAUGAUGCCUUCAGAGUCCAACUCGGAAACGGUGAUAGGAUUGGACCAUUCUUUAAAGUCGCGCACAUUAUCUCAGAUUCUACAAUUAUGGAAACAGAAUAUGACACAAGGGGACCACGACCGAACACCGACAUUACCAAAAUACCCCAUCACAUUAUCGGAAGCUGAAGGAGAAUCCAAAUUGAAUCAACCCGAACCACUCCCUGGAACUCGCCGAAUGAGUCUACGUGGAAUAACCGACUUACAAGCCAUAUCAUUCCAUGCUGAGUUGGGAAUACCAGCCGACGGCCUGAAGAUUCUACAGACAGUCGUGUUUGACUCCGCCCCCCUAAACACAGACGGUGUCUACAACAGCAAUAAUGGAGUGUUCACGAGUCCCACGUCGGGGACCUAUUACUUCACUGUUACCAUUAUGGUCUUUCCAAACGAGAAAAUUGAAACUGAGCUGGUCGUGAAUGGAAAUCAAGCGCUGCUGACUUUUGCGGCUGGGACGUCUACGUUUAACCAAGGAACCAGCUCUACAUCAGUUAAUCUGCAAACCGGAGACAGGGUCUGGGUUCGAAUUCUUAACGUCCCAACGAUUAGAGCAGGGAUCAACAUUCGUAUUAUGGGCGGUGGCUGGAGCUCUUUUACUGGAUUUUUGAUUCGAUGACAAUGUUGAAAUGUACUCUGUUAUCUUCUACAAUCUAUUGUUUUAUCUACAAAUAAUUUAUAAUAAAAAUGAUUUGAAACAAUGCAAAGGAACGGAA